AUGGGCGCCUCCGACUCCAAACUUGUCUUCAAGCAAGGCAUCAUCCGCCUGGCUGAGCAGACCGAAAUCCCAGCCGACGACACCUACUGGACGGGAUUCUGGGAGCUGCCCGAGUCCGCCGAGGAUGUCUUCACUCUCUUCUCGCCCGCCGACAUUCGCCGCACCCGCGACAAUGCCCUCGCCAAUCUCGAGACGCUCGUGCUCGCCGUGUCCUCAAGGCUCUGCGUUCUGCGAAACCACCCGUCCUUCCCCGACCCUGAGCUAGCGCCCGAGAGAGACGCCCUGAACUGCAUCCGCGUCCUGACCCGCCUGCUGCCCUACAUCUACGAGGCCGACCACCUUGACGCCUGGGAGGACAAGUUCUUUUGGGGUGCGCGCCGCAAGCGCAGCAGAAAGGGCCAAUUGCACCGCUCCGAGGUGCUGUUCGACGGCGCAAAUGCUGAGGAGCCCCCCAAGGAGAACGCCCAGGACUUUGAGGAGGUCAAGCCGCUGGCUGAGGAGCUGAUCGACACCCUCAUCGACCUGCUGUUCUUUGCCGACUUUACCCUGCCCAAAGGUCAGCCCGGCAAGGGAAAGGUGACGUAUGCGAUCUGGCAGAGCGGCGUGGGCUGCAACACUCCGGUGGGCACGAGCAAGGAGUUUGAGAACAAUCGCACAGAGAUCCUGCGGCUUCUGCUUACUCUGGCGAGCAAGUCCAUGUACACAUCUCCCAACGUCCUUCCUGUCAAAGGCGUGAAGGCUAUCACGUACAUUACGACCUGUCCGGACAAGCAAAUCGUCCUCUCGCUUCUCUGUUCGCUCCUCAAUACGACGCUCAAGUACAACCCCGCCAGCUGGCGCGUGCCCUACGAUCAUGUCGUUUUCAAGGAUCCGAGACAGAUUCUUGUUACGUACUGCCUCCAGUUCCUCCUGGUUCUGAUACUCUACCCCAUUCCGGAACCAGGAAAUGGUCCGCCCCCCAAGAACUUCUUCCGCCAUUUCUUGGGCAGACUCCAUAGACCUCAGGACUUCCAGUUCCUCCACGAUGGCCUGACUAGGAUCUUGAAUCAGCCUUUACAAGCGACCACUUCCUACCUUCCUGGCAGCCAAAAAUCCCUGACAUGGGCCCCUGAGAUGCUCGUCCUAUUUUGGGAGGCGUUGCAAUGCAACAAGCGUUUCAGAACAUUCAUCAUCGAUACGGACCGAGCUCAUGACUUCGUCGUGUUGAUCCUCUUCUACGCCAUCGACCAGUGUAAUGAUCCUUCGAGACAAGGCCUCAUUCGCAUGUGUAUUUUUAUCCUCCAAACCCUGAGCACUGAACCGAACUUUGGCAAAAAUCUCAACAAGAAGUUCGAGGGCCAAGAGACUCUUCCGGCAAGCAUCCGCAUUCCGAAUUUCCACGGAACAUAUGCGGACUAUCUCAUCACGUCGAUAUACACGCUUCUCACUACCCGGAGAGGGAAGCUUGAUGCCGUAUACCCUGCUCUGCUCGCUAUUGUCAACAACGUUGCAGCCUACGUGCAAAAUCUGGGCAGGGCAACUUCCUCAAAGCUUAUUCAGCUUUUCAUCUCCAUGUCAUCUCCGAGUUUCCUAUUAGCGAACGAGUCUAACCACAGUCUCCUACACUCCUUGCUUGAGGCUCUGAACGCCAUCAUUGAGCAUCAAUACCCUGCCAAUCCGAACCUGAUAUAUGCGAUCUUGAGGUCAAGGAAGCGUUUCCAAGCAUUAACCGAUUUUACUCUAGAAAGCGCGCAGGAUGAGAUUGAGCGCCAAAAUCAGUUAAGAAAGGAGCGGAGAGCUAGCGACGGAGGAACGUCAACAAGAGGCAACUCUCGUCAAAACUCCAUGGAUAGCCUAAGGAGUCCAAUCAGCAGCCGUCCUCCCACGCUUAGCAACGUGCCAGAGGAAAACAGUGCGUUUAGCAUCGGUGACGAUGAUGAUUCAGGUGACGAAGAAGACAAUCGUACACCCCAGCGCCGUUCCCCAAUGCAGUCCGGAAGCAAUUCGAGAACUGCAUCCAUCAGUUCAGCUGCCGAUGAGUCUGUUCCAUUGCAGCUGCGGGGAAUGUCAGAAAAGGCAAGGGGAAAGAUGCCUGUUGGAGCACCUUCCUUCUCCAGGCAGAACAGCACGAGCAGCUUGAGCAGCCUGGCCACGCCAACCGUCAUGUCGAACGGCAAGUUUAAUCCUACGACUGAAUGGUUGGAAAGCUGGGUCCCCGAACUACCUCUGCACACCAUCCUGACGCUCAUCUCACAACUGGGCCCACUGGUGCCUGCCGACUCGUCAGCAGACACUGCAGCAGCACUGGAGACGAUCAGAAAUACCGAAGUCCGGGGGAUCGACCCGUCAGCAAUACGUGUCCACCUGUUCGAGUGGUCGCCACUGUCGCUCGGGUGGUACGAAUCCUUACUUUGGAGCUUCAUCUUCGCCAGCGAAAUGCUCGUGUCCAAGGGCACGGCAGGCGUGUGGAACGGCACCAGCAUCAAGCUCUUCCGAGUGCAGGAAGUCGGACCGCAGACGCCGUCGCUGCUCGCGCCCCGCGGCGCCGUCGACGCUGUGGGCGACAACCUCCGCCAGCGCAUAGGCAGCCUCAACCUCGGCCGCACGUCGAUGCAGGGCGGCGGCAGCGGAGCAGGCGGCGGUGCGCAGAGCCCUGGCGGCGGUGGCAACGGCCCGUCCUAUUCGACGGAAUCCAAGCAAGCUGAAGCCAUGGCUGGAAUACCCUUGGGCUUAAUCAACGGAGUAUCUCCCCAGCCGGGAGGGAUCAAAGCAGGAAACGACGACCAGGAUGCUGCUGCUGUUGCUGUGGAGCCGUACAACAUGCACGUCUCGGCCAAGUACCUCGAGUUGACGAAGCGCAAGCUCGAACUCACGCGCCUGCCGCACGAGCUGGAGGAGCUGCCUGAGGACCGGAAGUGGGACUACGGCCCACCUAAGACGGUGUUGGAGCCUUUGGUCGAUUAUUGGCUCUGCGACUACUCCUGGCGCGCCGAGGAAUCCCACUACAACACCGCCCUCCCCCAAUACCGCACCGGCAUCACCAUCCCCUCUCCUUCUCCCAGCGGCACCAGCGAGACGCUCCGCAUCCACUUCGUCCACAAGCGCUGUUACCGCCCCGAUGGCGCUGACGGCGACGUCACGCCGCAGCCCCGUGCGCGCAAAGCCGUCCGCGUCGUGCCGCUGCUCUUCUGCCACGACGUGCAGGCGUCGUCGUUCCUGGACGUCAGCGGCGUACUCGACGCUCUGACAAGCAACGGCGGCGGCGGAGGAGGCGGCGGCGGCGAGGACAACAACAUCGCGUUCGACGUCGUGGCGCCGAGCGUGCCGGGAACGGCCUUCAGCGACGCGAGCGGCGCCGAGGGGUUCGGGGCGGGCGAGACGGCGGAUGUGUUUGAUGCGCUGAUGAAGAGGUUGGGGUACCAGCGGGGCUUCGCCGUCUGCCGUGCCCUUGCUCUCCGGCACGGCCCGGACAGCUGCGUCGCCAUUCACACGGCCAACCCGGCGUCGUUCUUCCCGCCACCGUCGCUGCAGAAGACGCCGCUCGAGUGGAUGCGGUACCAGUGGGCCCGGGUGACUGGCGCACGUGUUCCGGGGUUGAGCUUCGGGUACACGCCUACGGAUUUUGAUGGCGGUGCUCAGAAGUCAGGUAUCAGAUCAGGCAAGACCAAGUUGACGGACGAGGAGAACGCGGUCCAAGAAGUCCUGCCGAACGACGACGAUUCUAGCAAUGGGACGGAGGAAACGGUUUGUCUAUCUUCUCGUCCUCAGACGUUGGCGUACGCCUUGUGCGAUUCGCCCGUCGGAUUGCUUGCACACACGCUGGACUUGCUGAAACCAUGCUUGGCGCUGGGCCGUGCAGGCUACCUGAGCACGGUUUGGACGCCUGCAAUCCUGCUGAGUUGGACCAUGUUGCAGUGGCUUCCCGGGCCCGAGUCAGGGUUCCGGUGGAUGCAGAGGGCAAAGAGGGAGAGCGAAGUAGGCGGGCUUCUAUGGAGGAGGCAUAGCGAGGUGCCGCUGGGUAUCAGCCAGUUUGGGAAGCCGCACGGUGUUCUGAGAUGGGCACAUGCAUGGCAGGAGGUGCGGUGGCUGAAGAAAAGGGAGGCGUCCGACGUCAUCAGGCCCGAAUGGGAGAGUCCAGAGGAGUUAGCCCAAGAUCUUCGCGAGAGCUUUGGGAGCGUAUGGAGCGAGGCAUGA